AUGGAAACAUCAACGGCACAUGUUUUGUCAGUUACACCAUCCAAAGCUGAUUGUCUAUCAGAUGCUCCGAAUCCUUAUAGGUUGGUCAUGCAUUUCACUCAUUUUCUAACAAUUCCAUUAUACAUGAUGGCUAUUUACUCUUUGGUAAAUAAAUGCCCAAAAGCUCUCAAAGAAUAUCGCAAUUAUCUUUUGUGGCACACAUUGGGAAACCUAAUCUUCGAGCUCUACAUCUCUUUAUUCAUGCUCCCUGUUACCUACUUACCGUACCCGGUUUUUCGAGGAGCUGGAUUUUUGAAGUAUUUUGAUGUCAGUGGACUCAUUCAGUUCUACCUUUUAGUUAUUUGUCUCAUUCAUACCGGACUUUCAAUUCUCGAAAUGUUCAAGUAUCGUUUCGAUGCAGCAAUAAGUGAUGACACUCUAAUCAAGAAAACUCUUCAUAAAAUCGUUAUCUUUUUCUGGGUUAUUGUGAUAAUUAUUCCAAUUUUCUGUUUUGCAACCUUACCUAGAUGUCAUCCAAAACAAGAUCAUUAUAAAGAAGUACUAUAUGAAGAAAACAUGAGCAAUGGAAUUUCGAUCCACGUCCUUUGUAAUACUGUUGUGACUGCUCCACCACUUCUAGAUCCCGUUUUUACUCCACUUAUGAGCUUGAUAGUGACAGCUAUGCUAACAGCUGCCACUAUCAUUCCAAUGACAUUCAUCUCGAUUUGGAGAAAAUUGGAUCAGCUCUCGAGGCAUCUAUCAAAACGGACUAUUCAGCUUCAGAAGAUGUUACUAAUGAGUCUUUUUAUUCAAGCAGUUAUCCAUGGAGUUAUGCUAGGAGCUCCUUUGAUUGGCUUCAUUUAUGCUAUCGUUUUCAUUUUACCGUAUCGCCUACUGUCUACUACUUCUUAUUUCCUUCCAUGGAUCAUUCUCUACUAUUGCCAUGAUAUUUUUUACGAAACCAGUUCGAGAUGGAGUCAAAUCUAUUCUUAA